AUGACCAACACAGACAUCGCCGAAGUUAUUGCUACCAUAGACAAACACCUCGAAAACCAUUAUGGCUUCGACGCGAAAGAACUCGUAAUGAAACAUCCACCCCGAUGGACGUGUCGUAAUAAGAAAUUAGUUUACAACUUAUCAUGUCCGGAUGCGCAUGAUUCUUUUCGAGGUCGACUAGAAUAUUCGCGCUGGAGACAGUUUAAACUUCCGAAACAGGUAGACAAACGAGAAAUGGAGAUUGAAAUAAGAGAUGACAUGUUUGAUUAUGUUCCGCCCGAGGAUGAUAAUACUGUUGUGUGGUAUUUAAAUUUUGCUGAUUGUCAUGUCUUUGGGUAUUACUCUGGCCGUCUUUUAGCCCAAGACGAGCUCCAAUGCCUCGAACAUCCAGCUCUCUGCUCACUCCGCGAAUCUCUCAGCAGCACUCCCUUCACGUCUGCAACCCUUACAACGAUCCACACAACCGAUGGAUUAACUCUCGCAACACCGAUCUUGAUCAGAGGAGUACAACGACGUUGUCGAAUCAAAACCGACCGUAAUGAUGCUGAGGGUCGGCAUGGCGGAUUAUAUGGAAACCAGUUUGCCAUCGCAAAGCCCGAGGUCGUAACUAGGGCUACCGAAUUGUUUGAUAAGAGAAUGGGAAACGAUGAGAAUGAAUAUUUUAGCAAUAUUAUCGCAAUGGAAGCGCCAAAAUAUGGAAGUGGGAAUUAUGGAUAUGGGACUAUCAAGAAGGUUUUGUCGACAGCAUAUACGGGAUUCCUUGCUGCACGAUAUGAGAGUUUGGUCGAGAAAGGUGUGUUGCUUAGAUCACAUGAUCCUAGUAAGCAACAUACUACUCAUAAUCCCGAUGCUGCUGCUUUUCCAAAAGUCAUCAUUCACACGGGUAAUUGGGGUUGUGGUGCUUUUGGUGGAUCUAUUCCUAUAAUGGCCACGUUACAGUUCUUUGCUGCGUUAGUGGCCGGAGUGGACAAGGUUGUCUAUCAUUCAGCAGGUGCUCCAAGCAAAAAACAGGCGAUGUAUGGAUUGGAUGUGUACACAAAGUAUUUAGAUAGUUGUGAGGAGACGGUGGAUAUCGACAAGCUUGCAGCGGCUGUAGAGAAGAUGAAAUUCCAAUGGGGGUUCAGCAAUGGGACUUGA